AUGGCGGGUCCAGAGAGGUGGAUCCAAAGAAAGGUCCAGAGCAGGAGCCAAAGGCAGGUCCAGAGCAAGAUCCAAGGGCAGGUCCAGAGAGGCGGAGCCAAAGUCAGGUCCAGAGAGGCGGCUCCAAAGGCAGUUCUAGAGCAGGAUCCAAAGGCAGGUCCAGAGCAGGAUCCAAAGGCAGGUCCAGAGCAGGAUACAAAUUCAAGUCCAGAGACGCAGGUCCAAAGCAGGAUCCAAAUAGCAGGAGCCAAAGGCAGGUCCAGAGCAGGAGCCAAGGGAGGGUCCAGAGAGGUGGAUCCAAAGAAAGGUCCAGAGCAGGAGCCAAACGCAGGUCCAGAGCAGGAUCCAAGGGCGGGUCCAGAGAGGUGGAUCAAAAGACAGGUCCAGAGCAGGAGCCAAAGGCAGUUCCAGAGCAGGAUCCAAGGGCGGGUCCAGAGAGGUGGAUCCAAAAAAAGGUCCAGAGAGACAGGUCCAGAGCAGGAGCCAAAGGCAGGUCCAGAUGGGUCGGGGAAGAAGCUGAAGGCAAGUAACAUUGAUCCAGGCCGUUCCUUAUAUAGGCCUUUUGGUGCCACCGCCAACCCCCGGGACCUCUACAGGUUCCUCCGUAGUCGGGGGUUCCAUGACAGAUCCAGGUUGGGCUCUGUUUUGAUCCAACUUUUCUGCUCAUCUUACAAACUAGUCAUCGGUUUUCUUUGUUUUAAAGCAGAUGGACACACGAAGACAAAGAGGAUCACCGAGGACUGUCUCACCUUAGCCCUAGACUGUAAGACUGAAGAUGAGGACGUCUCCCGAGGUUCUCCUGGAGGAAACCCUUCGACCUCAGUUGACCAUCUUGCUCUUCUGAGUGCGGUCUCCUCGCCGGAUCCCAAGACUUCCCAUGCCGGAGUUCAGAGGCAGAAGAUAUUUUCCUGUGCCGAGUGCGGGAGAUGUUUUAAUUUCAAAUCAAGCCUUCAAGCGCACAAAAGAUCUCACAGGACGGACAAGCACCAUUCCUGCUCCGGGUGCGGGAAGAGGUUUUUGUUUAAAUCCCAACUAGAGGAACACGAAAGAGUUCACACGGGACAGAAACCCUUCUCUUGCUCCGAAUGCGGAAGAAGUUACGCCAAGAAGUCGCAUCUUGUCCGGCACCAGAGAACUCACGCGGGGGAGAAGCCGCACUCUUGUUCUGCGUGCGGGAAGAGUUAUUUGUUUAAGUCGCAGUUGGCUAUACAUCAGAGAGUCCACACGGGGCAUAAACCUUAUUCCUGCUCUGAGUGCGGGAAGAACUUCUCCCUGAGAAGCGUCUUUCUCGGACAUCAGAAGAUUCACUUGGGGGAGAGGACCCAUAUUUGUCCCGAGUGCGGGAAAGGUUUCCUUAAGAAAUCGCAUCUUGCCAGACAUCAGAGGUGCCACGCAGUCGAGAAGCCCUAUUUGUGUUCCGAGUGCGGGAAAACCUUUAAACACAAGUCUGCUCUUACUGUACAUCAGAAAUAUCACACCGGCGAGAAACGGUAUUCAUGCUCGGAGUGCGGGAAAUGUUUCGUCCAAAAAUCCUACCUUACCGCUCAUCUGAGGACUCACACGGGAGAGAAGCCGUAUCUGUGUCUCGAGUGCGGGAAACAUUUUGUACAUCAUUCGCAUCUUGUCACUCAUCAAAGGUCACACACUGGAAAGAAACCUCACUCGUGUUCUGAGUGCGGGAAACUUUUUUCACAUAGAUCAGACCUUGCCGUACAUCAGAGAUCUCACACAGGCGAAAAGCCGUUUUUAUGUCCCGAGUGCGGCAAAUGUUUUGCACAGAAGUCACAUCUUAUAAGACAUCAGAGAUCGCACACCGGGGAGAAGCCUUAUUCAUGUCCGGUGUGCGGGAAAUGUUUCACUCAGAAAUCGGACCUUGCUGUACAUCAGAGAUCCCACACGGGGGAAAAGCCGUAUUCCUGUCCUGAGUGCGGGAAAUGUUUUGUAUGUAAAUCUCAGCUUGCCAGACAUCGGAGAUCUCACUAGCUAAUCUUUGUUCACAAGUGCGGGAAAAGUUUGUGUGUCAUUUCCAGCUAGCCAGAAAUAAAGGAUCUUCCAUGGAAA